GAGCAGUGCGAUUGUCCGGACAAAAACUGCACGUGUUACGAUCACUGCUGCAAUGCAGAGACGUGUCAGCUUUUGACGAACGCCACGUGUUCCGCGGUUGAUGGUUGCUGCGACGCUUCGACGUGCACGGUUGCCGCGUCGGGCACGGUUUGUCGCGCGUCGCUCGGCUCGUGCGACACCGCGGAAACGUGUGAUGGAACAUCGAAAUCGUGUCCUGUGGACACGAUCACGGCUUAUGGAACCGCCUGCACGGACGCGAACGGUGAUGUAGGCGCUUGUUGGGCAAACGAGUGCCGCAAUCGAGAUUGGAAGUGUCAG